GACCAGACCCCAGAAGACCAGAACCCAGAAGACCAGACCCCAGAAGACCAGAACCCAGAAGACCAGACCACAGAAACAAAUUAUAAACUUUUUCACUUGUUUUCAGACAUGGAUGUGAAGCCAAUCAACAAGCGGGCGUCGGGCCAAGCCUUUGAGGUGAUUCUGAAGCCCCCCUCCCCGGUGUCAGAUGCGGCCCACAGCAUCGCUUCACCCCCCAAGAGGGAGGUGUCCCUAGAGGACAUCCAGAAGAAAUUGGAGGCAGCUGAGGACCGGAGGAGGUCCCAGGAGGCCCAGGUGCUGAGGGCCCUGGCAGAGAAGAGGGAGCAUGAGAGGGAUGUGCUGCUCAAGGCCAUGGAAGAGAACAACAACUUCAGCAAAAUGGCGGAGGAGAAGCUCACCAUGAAGAUGGAGCAAAUCAAGGAGAACCGGGAGGCCCACCUUGCAGCCAUGAUGGAACGCCUGCAGGAGAAGGUGAGAGAAGACUGGCCAGCAGUACUGUAGUAGUAGUAAUGGAGUAGUAGUAGUAGUAGCAGUAGCAGUAGUAAUGGAGUAGUAGUAGUAGCAGUAGUAAUGGAGUAGUAGUAGUAAUUUAGUAGUAGUAUAACAAACAGCUCCAGCUCUCGUCUUGGCUGAAAAACAUCAAGCACUGCCGACGUCAAAUCCACACGGGGUGUUCGGGUUCGAAAUUCUACCUAGCUAGCUAACUGCAAGUACCUAGCCUAUUAAUCAGAAAAGCGGUGCAAAGUUGUGAUUACUACUCAAUUUGGUGAGGUAUUCUAAAAAAAUAAA